AUGAGUAGCUUGGUAAAAAAGGGAAGUCAGUUUGCCCCUAAGCUUAAGCAAUCAAUCCGAAAGAAAGCUACUCCAAAACCAACUGCCACCCCAGAAGCCACCCAAAAAGUUAUUUCUGAUGGGUCUGAUGCACACUUUAACAAAAGCGUGCCAGACCAGAUAAGCACUCCGCCAGCUACACAGUUCAACAAACCGCGCUCAUCUUUCAGUAUUAGACAAGCUGCUAGCAAGACGGCAUUACCCGAUGAAGCAAUAGAUCCAAUAGACGACCUGAAGCCUCAGGAAUCAUCAGCAAUUGCAGACAGCUCAGAUGAAGACGAGGAGACCCUAAAGCAACAUGCCCAGAGUUUGCGCAGAACAUCAUCACGAAGAUUGUCUGGCAUUAAUCCUGGAUUCAGAAGUCGAUCAGCUUCCGUUUCUCAUCGACCGGGGAACGAAGAAACACAGCUGUCUGCAAGAAUCAUAGUGCCUCAGCCCAAAUCCACAAAACGGAGAAGAUCGCUGUUGAGUACAAGGAACCGGAAGAGAAGUUCCAUAAUGCAGUCUGCUGUCGCGACUGCUCCUGCACUCAAACCGUCUCUGGUGGUAGCAACGUCAACGACACCAGCCGUGGGCCAUUCUCCACCACCUUCCUCAUCCUCCACAACCACCUCAAGAAUACUAAACUCGAACGUCAGUCAUUUGUUCCCUGCGCUACGAAACUCUGCAGCCCCAUUGAGUAAGAUUAUGAACGAUCCUGAAGGCGAGUCCGCCGCACACGCUACUGGUGAUACCGCUACUGAAAGAAGUGACACCCCUGUUGUAAGUAAGGACUUUGUCGUGGGAAUUGAUCCCAAGACCAACAAAUUGCGGAAAUUCAGGCGUAGGGAUGCACCGAAACCUGAAAUCAAGGUAGAAGGAGAUGAUUUCACACGGGUUGCUGACUUGCCAUUGGAUGACUUAGUCCCAUUAGCUCCGGAGAAUUUGAUUACAACCGUCACCAGCGUAAGUCAGAUCCCAACGGGGAUCAAGGAAGAGGAUUUGGAAUUGUAUGGAGAACUUAACUUUGAUUAUGAAGGUAUGACAAUGGCUGACUUGUGCAAACCAACAUUGAAAAUUGGUAAUGUAAGUUCUAGCUUUAAAUUGGCCCAAGAAGCGGAAGCUCAACUAAAACAGAAAAAGGUGCAGAGGAGAUUGGAUCGAAUUAGAGCGAGAAAUGAAAGAAUAUCUCUUGAAGAAGCAAUGUUGAGGAAUGAAGGCAAGACCGAUGAGGAAAUUCAGCGAGAAAAAGAACUCAAAAAAUCAAAGUCAGGAACAGACGUUUUAAAUUUGGAGGAAGAAGCCCCCUCCUCUUCUUCGGCGUUGCAGUUAACAUUAGUUGAUGGAAAAAUUGGGUACAGUGAAGAAUCUGCAGUGGUUGUCAAACCUAGAGCUGAUGCGUCUGGCCGCACGGUUGAGGAUUCAAAUCCCUUUGCAAAUCCGGUCACUUCUACGACGUAUAGCAAGAGAACAUAUACCGACAAAUGGACACCAGACGAACUAAAUGACUUCUACCAAGCCUUGAGUAUGUUUGGUACUGAUUUCUCCUUGAUUUCUCAACUAUACCCUCACCGUACUAGGAAGCAAAUCAAGUCAAAGUUUGUUUUGGAGGAGAAGAAAUACCCCGAAGUGAUUGAACUAGCAUUGAAAAGAAAACUACCUGUGGAUUUCAAGAAAUAUUGUGAUGCAACCAACAAUGAAAUAAAAACGAUUGAACAAUAUAAUGAAGAGUUGAAGAAAGUAAGAUUAGAACAUGAACAAAGUAUGAACGCUAUAGCUAUGGAAAGAGAGAAAGCAUUCAAAGAGGACGCUGAGGCUAAUAGAAGGCGCGAAAUUGAGAUCAGAACUGGAUUCACAGGAUCCAAGCCCAUGACUACAGCUGAAAGGAGGAAGGAGUUGCGAAAGAACGAAACAGUGGUUGGUACUAUUGAUGAUAUGAAGAGUCGUUGA